AUGAAAAUAUAUUAUUUAGAUGAAAAUAUAUUAUUUAGAGUAUCAUUGGAAAAAUAUUUCUCUAUAGUGUUAGUAGAUUCUAAACAAUAUGAAAUCAGUUCAGAUAAAGUAAAAUCUGUUAAAUUUGCUCAAACACAUGUUUUGCCUGCAUCUGGAUUGUCAUGGAGUAAUUUUACAUUCAAUUUAGUACCAAAUAGAGAUACUUUGUUGUUGGUUCAAUUUGAAACUACACCGACCAGUUCAGCCAAUGAUAUUACUAUUAUGGUUGAUAAUGCAACUGUCGCUACUCUUACUCUUAACACUCCAGAUAAGAUUCCAUCAAACUUUGCCAACUAUCCUGCUACCAGUUACUGUGUCGAUUGCUACUCUGUUAUGAUACCUCGAAACCAUGUAAAACAAGGAAUGGAAAUCAUAGUUAGUUCCGAUACAACUACAGGCCGAGUGAAACCAACCAUCAUAAUGGAUACCAAUCUAAUAUUCAAGAGUUUCCCAUUCUAUUUGUUUGGUGCCAAUCCUACCAAUACACUAACUUGUAUUCCCAAGACACCAGCCAAAGAUUCACAAGAUCUCAUCUUUAAUACUUGGCCAUUGUCAUCCGUUGAAUUCAAAGAAGCUCCAGGAUUCACUUGGGACAGACUAGUUUGUCCACCAAUUGAAAACAAAACAGAAGCAAUGGUAGUCUCUUCAAAAGAUGAUAUUUCAAAUAAUGAUUUAGAUAAUGUUAUUGCUGAAAUCAUUAAUGAAUACAGAAAAACAAAUGGUGAAUUAAAAUUAAAUGUUAUGUAUGAUGUACCAAUGUUACCAUUGAAUUCCUUAGGUUCUGUUGACCUUAUCGAUAGAAUAUAUGUAUCAAACAAACUUUAUAUUUCUGGUAACUUCCAAUCUAGAUCAAACUAUCUAAAUGGUCUUGGAUUUGCUUUCGGAAUUCAAUCAUUCGGUGCAAUGUUUAAGGCUGGGAAGUAUCCAUAUCCAAAUGGAUCAUAUAAUGGUUCAAGUUGGGGUUUCAAUAGUCAAAUCAAUAAGUUUAUCUCUCCAUACGUUAUACCAAAUGACGACAACUACGAUUCCUGUUUAACCAAUCCAGAUUAUUUACAUUCAAACGAUAUAUGUUUUAAAAAAGAUUAUAUAUCUAAUGUUUUAAAUGAUAUGUAUUAUCCAGAUUAUAUUUCAGGUAUGAUCCAAAGUGGUGUAAAUAAAAUGGUUCAAUACGAUAAGACCAAUAAGAAAUUCAUGUCUUGGGAUGCCACUCUAAUGAAAUCCGUUGAAAUCAAACCAAACGAUACCAAUGGUGGAUUCCUAUAUUUGGAUGAUGGUUUGCCAAUGCUAGUGGAUGUAGAUGUCUAUACCAUAGUGAUGGUACACAAUACUGCUGCCAACUCUAAAUGUGGAGGUGCUUGUUCCAACAUCUAUCCAAUUAUCAAGAGUCGUGGUAACUUGAUGAGACAUAUCGAUCCAUCUGAUGAAGACCAACGUGAUCUCGUAGAGGAACCAAGUCUCAGAGAUCUCUAUGCAUUCUGUGCGGAAUCUGGUUGUGACUUUUCACUGAGAGCUACCUACGCCGAUGGCAGCAUUUUUUUGAAACUCCUACAAAAAGGCAUGAGAGAUUUCGAUAAUCCAAGAGGUCCUAUACAUCAAGACUAUUUGAAUCCACUCAAUCCAAAGAGUGUAACUUAUUUCGUUGAGAAUAUUCCAGCUGAUAAAGUACUCACCAAAGUGGAAUUACUCUCAACACCCUAUGGAUACAAAAAGUACACUGCUAAUCCACCAGUUUUAUUAUCAAAAAUAAUAAGUUAA